CGGGGGCAGUGCCGUGGGCAGGCCGGCCUGGGCCCGGCCGCUGCGUCUCCCCGACCUCUUCCUGGGGACGGGGGGAGCGUCGUGAAGAAGAUGAAACAAACGGAGGAGAGAGAGGGUUUUGGUAUUCCCGGCGCCCUUGGUGUAAAACACCGUUGUCCUGUUCGGCAGUACGUGGAACCUUUCCCAGCGGCGGCCCCGCCGCUGGGAGGGAACUGCGCCGAGGGGUCGUGGUUUCCAAGAGCUGAAAUCCUGCCUCUACCGAGUUUUAUGUGAGGAAGCUGUCGGAAAGUUGGGUUGGGCAUAAAACGGGGGGAGGCACGUUGCUUACCCUAACUGUAGCGUGCUUAAUUUACUGUGGAAUAGGCACUUGAAGGAGGUAUUUCAAAGGAGACAGUGAGACGAUGAAUGUUUUGAGGAGAUAUUUCUCUACAGCAAACUGAAUGGUGUGAGUGAACCAUGGAAACAGACCUGCAGAACAGUACCUGCAAAAUGAAGCGUAGUUCAGUAGGUAAUUUGAAUAGAAUAGCACCUACAAUGAUCAUGUAGUCUGACUGCCUGACGACUUCAGGGCUGAACAAAAGUUAAAGCUUGUAUUGUAUAAAUGCAUCUUCAAUACUGACAGGCUUGGGGCCUGGACCACCUCUCCAGGAAGCCUGUUCCACUGUUUGACCACCCUAUCUGUAAAGAAAUGUUUCUGAAUAUCCAACUUGAUCCUCCCUGGCACAGCUUUGAGCUGUUCCAAUGUGUUCUAUCACUGGAUCCCAGGGAGAUCAGCACCUCCCUCUGCAAUUCACCACCUCCAGAAGCUUUGGAGAGCAAUGAGAAAACAGAAGUGAUUGAAGAAGCUUUUCCUGGUAUGUUUAUGGACACUCCUGAAGAUGAAAGAACCAAACUGAUCAGCUGCCUGGGUGCUUUUAGACAGUUCUGGAGCAGUCUUUCCCAGGACUCCCAUGAACAGUGCAUCCAGUGGAUUGUAAGAUUCGUUCAUAGCCAACACAGUCCUAAAAGAAUUUCUUUUCUUUAUGACUGCUUAGCAAUGGCAGUAGAAACUGGACUUUUGCCACCCAGGAUGGUGUGUGAAUCUCUCAUAAACUCUGAUACGCUGGAAUGGGAAAGGACACAGUUAUGGGCAUUAACAUUUACAUUAAUCCGGAAGAUUAUUGGAGGUGUAGACUACAAGGGUGUGCGUGACCUAUUGAAAGUGAUGCUAGAGAAAAUCUCAACCAUUCCAAACACUGUGAGCUCAGCUGUUGUACAACAGCUUUUAGCAGCAAAAGAGGUGGUAGCCUACAUUUUGGAAAGAAAUGCCUGUUUGUUGCCUGCCUACUUUGCAGUUACAGAAAUCCGAAAACUGUAUCCUGAAGGAAAACUUCCCCAUUGGUUACUGGGUAAUUUAGUGUCGGAUUUUGUGGACACGUUCAGACCUACGGCAAGAAUAAAUUCCAUUUGUGGUCGCUGUAGUCUUCUCCCUGUGGUAAAUAACUCGGGUGCCAUGUGUAACUCAUGGAAGCUGGAUCCUACAACCCUUCGCUUUCCUUUGAAAGGCCUCUUACCAUAUGAUAAGGAUCUGUUUGAGCCACAGACUGCUUUGUUGAGAUAUGUGCUGGAACAACCGUAUUCAAGGGAUAUGGUCUGCAAUAUGCUAGGUCUGAAUAAGCAGACCUUGAACAUUGCUCAGCACAAGCAGCGCUGCCCAGUGCUGGAGGACCAGCUGGUGGAUCUUGUGGUGUAUGCCAUGGAACGGUCUGAGACUGAAGAGAAGUUUGAUGAUGGUGGAACCAGUCAGCUUCUGUGGCAGCAUCUCUCCAGCCAGCUCAUUUUCUUUGUGCUCUUUCAGUUUGCGAGUUUUCCUCAUAUGGUCCUGUCACUCCAUCAAAAGUUGGCAGGCCGUGGUCUCAUUAAAGGAAGAGACCAUCUGAUGUGGGUGCUACUCCAGUUCAUCUCUGGCAGCAUCCAGAAGAAUGCACUGGCUGACUUCCUUCCCGUCAUGAAGCUUUUUGACCUCCUUUAUCCUGAGAAAGAAUAUAUUCCUGUACCUGAUAUUAACAAACCCCAAUCAACUCAUGCUUUUGCAAUGACCUGUAUUUGGAUUCACCUGAAUCGGAAGGCCCAUAGCGACAACUCCAAGUUACAGAUUCCCAUUCCUCAUUCCCUUAAACUUCACCAUGAGUUUUUGCAACAGAGCUUAAGAAAUAAAAGCUUACAGAUGAAUGACUACAAGAUUGCCUUGUUGUGCAAUGCUUACUCAACCAAUUCAGAGUGUUUCACCUUGCCAAUGGGGGUACUAGUAGAAACUAUUUAUGGAAAUGGCAACAUGAGGAUACCUCUUCCAGGGACUAAUUGCAUGGCAUCAGGGUCUAUAACCCCACUGCCAAUGAACCUCUUGGACUCACUCACAGUUCAUGCCAAAAUGAGUCUGAUUCAUAGCAUUGCUACAAGGGUAAUUAAGUUGGCUCAUGCAAAAUCUAGUGUGGCCUUGGCUCCUGCUCUUGUGGAAACCUACAGUCGCCUCUUGGUUUAUAUGGAAAUAGAGUCCUUGGGCAUCAAAGGAUUUAUCAGUCAACUCCUGCCAACAGUGUUCAGAUCUCAUGCAUGGGGAAUUUUGCACACGCUGCUGGAAAUGUUUAGCUAUCGGAUGCAUCACAUCCAGCCUCAUUACAGAGUCCAGCUGCUUAGCCAUCUUCAUUCCUUGGCUGCUGUGCCACAGACUAAUCAGAACCAGCUUCAUCUGUGUGUUGAGAGUACUGCUCUAAGGCUAAUCACAGCUUUGGGCAGCUCGGAAGUCCAGCCACAGUUUACCCGAUUCCUCAGCGAUCCCAAAACAGUUCUUUCAGCAGAAUCAGAAGAACUCAACAGGGCUUUGAUCCUAACUCUAGCAAGGGCAACGCAUGUCACAGAUUUUUUCACAGGCUCUGAUUCAAUUCAGGGAACUUGGUGCAAGGAUAUAUUGCAGACUAUCAUGAGUUUUACUCCGCAUAACUGGGCAUCACAUACACUCAGCUCUUUCCCAGCUCCUCUGCAGGCGUUCUUCAAGCAGAACAACGUGCCUCAGGAAAGCCGUUUUAACUUGAAGAAGAAUGUGGAAGAAGAAUACCGGAAGUGGAAGUCAAUGACCACCGAGAGUGACAUAAUCACCCACUUUUCUGUGCAGCGUUCACCCCCACUUUUCCUUUGUCUCCUGUGGAAGAUGUUGUUAGACACAGAUCACAUUAAUCAAAUUGGCUACAGAGUGUUAGAAAGAAUUGGGGCGAGAGCUCUGGUGGCACAUGUCAGGACAUUUGCAGAUUUCUUGGUGUAUGAGUUCUCCACCUCUGCAGGAGGGCAGCAGCUCAAUAAAUGUAUUGAGAUUCUCAAUGACAUGGUGUGGAAAUACAACAUUGUAACACUGGAUAGGUUGAUACUGUGCUUGGCGAUGCGUAGUCACGAAGGAAAUGAAGCUCAAGUCUGUUACUUCAUCAUUCAAUUACUCUUACUGAAGCCUAACGAUUUCAGAAACAGAGUGAGUGAUUUUGUGAAGGAGAAUUCUCCAGAGCACUGGCUGCAGAAUGACUGGCAUACAAAGCAUAUGAACUAUCACAAGAAAUAUCCUGAAAAGCUAUAUUUUGAAGGCUUGGCGGAACAAGUCAAUCCCCCAGUUCAGAUCCAGCCCCAGUACCUACCAAUUUAUUUUGGAAAUGUAUGCCUGCGCUUUCUGCCCGUGUUUGACAUUGUAAUCCAUAGAUUUCUGGAAUUGCUUCCAGUAUCCAAAUCACUAGAAACUUUAUUGGAUCAUCUGGGAGGUUUAUACAAAUUCCAUGACCGUCCAGUGACUUACCUGUACAACACUCUGCACUAUUACGAGGGGCAUCUCCGAGAGCGCACGAACCUGAAGAGAAAACUUGUGCAUGCCAUAAUUGGCUCUCUCAAAGAUAAUCGCCCUCUGGGCUGGUGCCUAAGUGAUACUUACCUCAAGUUUGCCAUGAAUGCCCGAGAAGAGAAUCCGUGGAUUCCGGAUGACACUUACUAUUGCAAGCUUAUUGGAAGACUGGUAGACACUAUGGCAGGCAAAUCACCUGGUCCAUUUCCCAAUUGUGAUUGGAGAUUCAAUGAGUUUCCUAACCCAGCUGCCCAUGCUCUCCAUGUUACCUGUGUUGAGCUCAUGGCUCUGGCUGUUCCAGGGAAGGAUGUGGGCAAUGCACUACUGGAUGUUGUGCUGAAGAGUCAGCCCCUGGUUCCCAGAGAGAAUAUCACAGCUUGGAUGAAUGCAAUUGGACUAAUUAUCACAGCCUUACCAGAGCCCUACUGGAUUGUUCUCCAUGAUCGCAUUGUGAGCGUUAUCAACAGCCCCAGCUUGACGUCAGAGACGGACUGGGUUGGUUACCCAUUCCAGCUGUUUGACUUCACAGCGUGUCACCAGUCGUAUUCUGAGAUGAGCUGUAGCUACACUUUGGCUUUGGCACAUGCGGUCUGGCAUCAUUCCAGCAUUGGACAGCUUUCUCUCAUUCCUAAGUUCCUCACAGAAGUGCUGAUACCCAUAGUGAAAACAGAGUUCCAGUUACUCUACGUUUACCACCUGGUUGGUCCUUUUCUCCAACGGUUCCAGCAGGAGAGGACACGAUGCAUGAUUGAGAUUGGAGUGGCCUUUUAUGAAAUGCUCCUGAACGCAGAUCGGUACAGCUCACACCUGAACUACAUGGAUCCUAUAUGUGACUUCUUGUACCAUGUGAAGUAUAUGUUUACAGGGGACAGUGUGAAAGACCAAGUUGAGAAGAUCAUUUGUAAUUUAAGACCAGCUUUGAAGCUUCGGUUACGCUUCAUAACACACAUCACCAAAAUGGAACCAGCUGCUGUUGCACAGCAACCUCUCAGCAGCGGGUCACCAGCACAGCAGCCGAGCCAAGUGCCUGUUAACGUUGCUUUGCCAGUAACACAGUGAAAUGAAGUACUUGCCUGGCCAUCAUGUGAAGGCUUCCUUCUGUUACUGAUCACAGGGAAAUGUCAUCUGACCUGAAAUCUGCUCUGUAAAAAGUAAAGAUAACCUCGUACAGAUUUCUGCUUCGUUUUCUUCUGCACAGUGAAGCUGUUGAAAUCUGUGCAUGCCAGUAGUCUUACCUAUUCAUACCAGACACUAGGGGAGGUCCAUGUUGCCUUUCUUGGAAAGCACUGAUUAAAGAUUCUCUGCGAGCAAAUACAUGGAUUUCUGGAGCAUUUACAAUCCCCUGCUCUCUGUCCUGCUUUGGGUCAUCUGAAUUUUCUCUUUCUUUCUGUCUGUCCUCUAAAAGGACUCUCAUUGUGUGUGGCCUGCUAGAAAAGGGCCUUUUAAAAAUUUGGGUUCCAUAUCAUUAAAAUUUUCCACUCUUUUUAUCCAACAGAGGAAUUUAAAUUCCUUUUGUCCUUUGGGCAGACGAGUUCAGCCCUUAGACAGAAAUGCUUCUGGACAGAGAUUGCAUCAGUUGCAUUGAGUUAAUCAUAACAUCUUUGCAAAGAGUAUGAAUGAGCCUUGGAAAAUUCCUAUAAGGUUUGUAUGUACAAUUUACAUUCAACAGAUGAGCCAUGGGUUUGAUCUAGUGUCAAAUGCCAGGCAGUUAGAUUGCUCCCCAGAGGCCAUCUCUAAGGAAUCUCUUGGAAGUCUGCAUAUUCAGUUCAAGCUGUGCUGGUUCAUGUAUAAACUUUCCUAUUUGGGAAAUGGUGUUGUUUUUACUAAGUCGAUCACUUGAAUUUUACUGAUUAUCUUUUAGAUUUGUAUACUAUUCUGCUUUAAGUUUUAUGUUUUCUGAUAAAAAAAUUGAAAGGCUCAGUGUUUUGUAAAUACUCAUCUUGACAAACUUUUGUAAUUAAAAAAACCUGAAACACUGUCAAA